AUGGCCGAUAUGAUGAGAUUGAGCAGCAGCGGCGGAGCGCUGGGAGGGGGCUUCCAGCGCGACAAACUUGGGUCACCGUCGACCGGUUCGGAGGACGGUGGCGGAGGUAUCGAUCUGGAGGACAUCGUGCAAGCACUGGAUCACGACGAGUUCGAUGGUCCUCAAACACUGAACGGCGAUCGUCCGGCAAUUGUUGCUCCGCCGGAAAGCGAAUGGUAUCACGGGCGGCUCGAUCGGUACAGUGCCGAGCAGCGGCUAAAGACGGCGUCGAGACUUGGAAGUUAUUUGGUUCGCGAGAGUGAUCGUAAGCCAGGAUCGUACGUGCUGAGCUACCUUGGGCGAACCGGAAUCAACCAUUUCCGCAUCACGGCGGUGUGCGGUGAUUUCUACAUCGGUGGCAGACAGUUCUUCUCGCUCAGUGACCUGGUUGGCUACUACACGUCGUGCAGUGAUUUGCUGAAGCGCGAACGGCUCGCCUUUCCGGUACCACCGCCGGAACCGGUCAACGAUAAGAAACGUGUGGUGGCAAUCUUACCCUACACGAAGAUGCCGGACACGGAUGAACUGACCUUCCAGAAGGGGGACAUAUUCUUCGUUCACAACGAUAUGGGUGACGGCUGGCUGUGGGUAACGGCACACCGGACCGGUGAGCAGGGUAUGAUCUUCCGGGAGCUAGUGGAAGACCUCGACCCGGCCAUCGAUCCGAACACGGUCUUCCCGUGGUUUCAUCCGACGUGCACCAAGAACGAGGCCGUCGAUAUGCUCGUAAAGGCGGGCCCGGGCAGUUUCCUGGUGCGCCCCAGCGACAACUCACCCGGCGACUAUUCGCUCUUCUUUCACAUCAACAACCAGAUCCAGCGGUUCCGGAUCGAGAAGAAGGGCGUCCGGUACCUGAUGGGUGGCCGAACGUUCGAGUGUCUCGACGCAGUGAUCAAUCGCUACCGGAAGGAGCAGAUAGUCGAGGGCCACACGUUAAUGCACCCGGUCAUUAACGGUAGCCAGCCGGAGUAUCAUCCGCCAACGAAUUUGGCCAGUGCGGCGGAGAAAAUCUACGCCACGUUGCGCGAGUGCCGCGAUCAGAAUAUGCUGAAAAAGACAAAGGGCAUCAAGCAUCACGGUUAUAUGCUGAAAAAGUCCGACAAGACGGCCAAAUGGAAGCAGCUGUUCUUUGCCCUGCUGGUGGAAGGGUCAGAGACACACCUGUGCUUCUACGACAGUCCCAAAAAGACAAAACCGAAGGGUUUGAUCGAUUUGUCGUGUGCUUAUUUGUAUCAGUGCCAUGAAUCAUUCUGGGAGCGGCAGCACUGCUUCCAGAUCGUCGAACGUGCGCUUCCAUGCUUAGCGACGAUCACCUAUCUGUGUGCCAACAAUCAGGAAAGCUACAUCGAGUGGAUUUCCGCCCUGAAGUCGCAUUGCGUGUCGCAGCUGAGCAAAGCGCAAUCGAAGGUUCCACGGUUGCGCGAGCUUCGCUGCCUCAAUCUGCAAAUUCUCGAAGCCCACCGGCUACCGUUCAAGCUUGUCCCGCAUCCGUACUGCGUGGUGUCACUGAACCAGGUCAAGGUUGGCAAAACGCGUGUCAAGACCGCUCCGGAUCCGGUUUGGGAGGAGGAAUUUGUCCUGGAUGACGUUCCACCGGAUGUAGUCACGAUAACGAUCACAGUAUUGAGUCGCGGCAAGCGUGGGAAGGAUUCGGAAGUGGCCGACCUGACGGUUGACUUGUGCAGCCUUAAGAACGGGCAGGAAACGGAGGAAUGGUUCCCGCUGAACGGAAUGACACCGAUGGGUGAGUGGGGCUCGAUUCGACUGCGUAUACGAUACCUGGACGACCUGGUGAUGCCGUGCGAGGAGUACAGCCCGCUGCAGCAGCUGCUGGUCGAAUCGGAGCUGAACGCGGUGCGCGCACUGUCGGAAAUAUGCCACAACGAUCGUAUCCCGUUGGCCACCUCGUUGCUGAAGGUGUUUCGGCACGAGAAACGCGAAACGGAGCUGCUUCGGAUCCUGUGCCAGGGCGAAGUGAGUCGCGAAAACGAAACAUCGACCCUCUUUCGGGGUGCCUCACUCGCGACGACGCUCAUGGAUCUGUACAUGCGGGCCGAGUGCACGCUAUUCCUGCAGUCGGCCGUCUCCGACACGAUCCAGCGGAUACUGGACAGCAAGCAGUCGGCCGAGCUGAACCCGACCAAGAUGGACGUCAGCGAUGACGCGUGCUCGAACGCCGAAUUUUUGCUCAUGAUUCUCGAUCAGGUCACGCAAUCGAUCUUCACCUCGCCCGACGCGUGCCCGCGAACGGUGCGCUACAUCUGUAACUGUCUGCAGAAGUCGGUGGUGGCCAAGUGGCCGUCGCCGAACGAACGGCUCGUCCGUACGCGCGUCGUGUCCGGAUUCAUCUUUCUGCGGUUGCUCUGCCCCUCGCUGCUCAACCCACGUCAAUUCGGUCUAGUCAAUGAAACGCCACACCAAAUGGCGACCCGAUCGCUGAUUAUGGUCGCAAAAUGUCUGCAGAAUCUGGCCAAUCUGGUCGAGUUCGGUGGAAAGGAACCGUACAUGGAAGUGGUCAACCCGUUUAUACUGAAAAACAAGGAGCGUAUGAUCGUUUUUCUUGAUCAGCUGUCGUCCGUAACGGAUCCGAACCCACCACCGGGAUGCAUCCCGGAACCGAGCAGCUGUUGUACGCUGUCCAGCUCGGAUGCAGGUCGAGAGCUUGCAACGUUGCAUCACAUCUGCGUUUCGUACCUACCGGAACUGCAAGCCAUGAGCAAGACGAACAAUUCGCUCAAGAAGCUCGUCACGGUCACGGAGAUGCUGUCGAAGCACAAGCUGAAGUACCGCGAAAUCAUAAGCUAAUCAGCGUCCGGUAUAGCGCGCUAAAAUCGUACAACGAGUAUGUAUCUUCGUUUUCCUUCCUUCAUCUACAAAGCACGCCAGUAAUCUGGAAUUGGUUGGCAUUGAUUUGGUCGAAUUUUUUUAUAGUUGUUUAAUCGAUUUGUUACAAAUCGAUUGGUAGAAGACACAGAUCGAAGAACUGUGCCCCGAAUGUGGGUCACUGAAGCUUCCGCGCGACGGUCUGAUUAUUUUUAUGGAAAAAACACACUUUUUCGCUCUUUGGCGACAUUUCGCUGUUUUUAUACGCCCAGAUCGGUGUGUGUGUGUCCCAGUGUGAGACAAUUGAUUAUCGAGACUCAGGAUAAACUAUCUUUAGGCAUAAAUACGACUGAUACGACUGGUGGUGAUGCACGCUCAGAAGCGUGCUGGCGCAGUGAAGGCAAAUGGAAACCAAAAAUUAAUUAAAAAGAAACGAAACAAAUUCAAACUCUCACUCACACACUGCAUGCAGACAGCAAGUUCUGGUUCUGUUGCAUUUUCUACUCUAUUGUUUUGGUUGCCCUCCCGUCGGUGAGUUGCAGCGUUCCAUGAAAUGAAAGCAUAAAAUGAUGAGCAAGAUUUAAGUCAGGAGGGAUUUAACGAAGCAAGUAUAAACGAUAAAACUUAAGGACAAGAAAUAACAAUCUACACACAGACACAAAGAUAAUGAAGACAUCCGAUAGAGAAGAAGACAAUGUGGUCCCAUUUUUAAAAUAAUGAUAUUACACACCGUGAGCAUGUUGCGCGAGACUUCGGAAAAGAUACUACGUCUUACGUGGCCGCGAGCGGUUUUUCCACGUGUGUUCUCUAUCGAUUUUGUUGUGUAGGACAAGUAAACAAAACAGGAAUUCAACUCGUUCCCCCUGUUCGCAAUAGAUACUGUCGGAUACGGAAGCACUGUGUAAGCAGAUCUAAUGCGCCAAUGUUAAUCUGUGCGCUAGUUCCGCAGUAAAUUCUCCGAUAGCAAUAGGGUAGACUCAGGGUCGAUGCGUGUAGAGUGUGGUGUAGACUUAAGCCUUUUAUUUUCGAUCGUAUAUUAGUGUUUUUGUUUCUUUUCAAAACCAUUUUCAUUCAUCUGUAUGGCUUUGCCAAUCACGUGGCGAAAUCGCCAACACUUGCGUUUUGGGUGGACAGUGUACCACACGUGUAACCGGUGCUCUCUUGUUGAAUUUUAUGAACGUGGCGCCGUGGGCAAUGGUUCUCUUCAAGGUGAUCCCCGCACGUUUCACGAUUAAUAUGCUAUCUUUUAUGUAUUUCCUUUCGGUUCCGACAGUAAAACGAAGCAUAACUCACGCCACAGUAAUGAAUUUUAAGAACCCAGUUUUAGAUGUAGGAAACGAAUGCGAUGCAUAGUAGAGGCGACGCCAAACAAUGACUUUGACGUGACGUGAUGGAUGGGUAAAAAGACAGACGAAGCGCGAAACCGUUUGUAACGGUAACCAAAACGAACAAAUACUUUCCAUCUUUAUGCUUUUUUCUCCAUUUGUACUGAUAACUGACAACUGAAACAAAAUUAGUGCCGUGCUGUCGACAUGUGCUCUCUCUGUGUCAGACAUUCAAAGAUAAUUAUCAUCUCGGCUCAUUGUUUCUGCUUUUCUUUCCGAAUCUGUUUUACUAAACAUUUUGCUUGCAUAGCGUCUCCUAUCGCAGAAACUGCAGUGACGGGGAGUUAAAAUCGCAUGGGCUCAUACAAAUAGAAACAAAAUAAUAAAUUAGCUGAGCCACUUCCGUUUCACGUUGAGCUCCUUUUUCUGCAUCGAGAUCAAUUAAAAACAAAUACACGGUAUAUAAUUCAAGUGUAUAGAAUAAUCAAAGAAUUGCAAAAACAAACAAAACGAAAACGAAAAGCUCUUGCUGCUUAACUGUUUUUUCUUCACGGAUGCAUUUUAAUAAGAAAUGGAACAAAAAAUAUAUACACUCACGACUAUAUUUAGCAACAUCUAUAACAUGCUACGGAUAAUAAAACAA